GAAGUUUUAAAGUUCAGCUGUUUCGCGCAGAGAUAUUCAUUCUGAUCAGCCACUAAGUGUGCAGUCUUUACUUUAAACGUGUAGUUUUCUGUUUUACUGCUAGUAAAUCAGGCGUCUGUAGCAGAUGUUACACUGCUUUAAUGACCUUCUAUGAAAAGUUCCAUAGACUUUGAAAGGCGUUACUGAAGUGAACUGAACUGAUGAUCACUGAAAAUGAUGUGGCCAGUUUGUUGAGUGCCUGUGUUUUGUCUGAGGAACCUCUUUUCAGCUCCAGAGAGAAGUAGGCUUGUCUACAUCUGGUGAAGAACCGAACUGAGAACUUACCAUCCAUCCAAUGGAUCCCACAACCAGAGAGCAACUCCAGGAACGCCUGCAAGGGUACAUCUUGGAAACGCUUGAAGACAUCACAACAGUGAGGAGGUUCUGUGACCAAGAACCAAAAUGGACCCUUCAGAGGGAGACGGAGCUGGAUAUGAUAAGAGACAUCAAAGACCGGGCAGAUCAGAUCUCUCUACAAUUUGACCAUGUGAAGAAGGCAGAGAACAAGGCCAAGGCUUUUGGGGAGUACCUGUGGAGUGGUCUGAGCCAGGUGACUGCAGACUCUAAAAGGAAAGAAUUGGAGAAGGAGCUGGGGGAAGUUCUGAAGAACACUCUGGAGGGGCUGGAGAAACUUCAGCACUUCCUGGAUGCAGUGGAAAGACUAGCGGUCACCUCGUUGUUCGUGUUCAUGGGCGAGAGUUUCCUGCCGAGGGGGGUGAGUGCCGCAGCUGUACGAUCGGUGAUCUCAACGGCCAGAAUCGUGUCACCGCUUCUCAUCCACUUCAAGAGAGAUGCAGGAGCUUUCUUCUUACCCAGCCUCCACAAUGUGGACGUCCUGGCCUUCCAGCUGGACAAAUACAUCCGCAUUGCACAACAGCUCUGCAUGAGAAUGGAGAAAAAAUCCAUGAGCGUGUCAUGUUCUGGAGGUAUUUAUGAAUGGAAAAAUGGCAGCUCUUCACUGAAGUUUAGUUUGAACAUGAGUGAGGACUCACUGCAGAAGCUGGACGAUCACCUGAACCAGUUAAUCAAAAUCCGGAUGGAUGAAUCAUUCAGGCUGACGUUUCUGUUUAACGGGGACGCACUGCACUUUAUUGGUUUAUUCAAUCAGCGCGAGUCCCGAAUGUUUCAGUUCCUAUCAGGUCUAGAAGAGGCUGCGGUCCAGCUGGAUAGGAUGAAGAUGGGUUCCAACAUCUCCACUGUGGCUGGCAGUUCAGUGGGCAUUGCUGGAGGUGUCUUGUCCAUUGUAGGCCUGGCUCUUGCCCCUGUAACUGCCGGAGUAUCCCUGGCCCUCACACUCACCGGGGUUGGUUUAGGGGUCACCAGUGGAGUCAACAGCUUGGUCACAGGCAUCACUGAAAUGGCAGUCAACAAACAUCAUGGGGAAAAUGCCAACAACAUCUUUCAGAGGUUCAUGGAGGAUGUGCAGAAGAUUCUAGAUUGCAUGGAACAAGUGGCCAACAGUGAAGGUACUGUAGUAGACCCUCAAGUAAUUGAUGCAGCACUUGGAGCUGGGAAAAUAAUAGCCCGGGCUGGAAUGGUUGGCAAAGGUAUUGACGCCCUCGUGGAUGGAGCUUCAGCUAUGAAGGCUCUGAAGACUGAGGAAGUAGCGAGGGCUGCAGUCAGUAUGGGCCUUCAGGAAGCUAAAGCAGCUCGCAGCAUCCCCAACCUUGCUGCAGACCUGCCUGACAUCGGGCAGCUGGCUAAGGGCACUCCUCUGGCCCUGUCGAAAUCAGCUAGAGCUGGGUUUAUCACUCUAAAUGCCUUAUUCAUUGGUCUAGAUGUUCUGUUCAUCUGCAAAGAUAGCAUUAGCCUAGCCAAAGGAAGCAAGAACCAAGUCUCUGAGCUCAUCCGAUGCAGGUCACAUCUCUGGCGCUCAGAGUUGGAAGCAUGGAGAAAGAUCAGUGACUGUCUGUGUAGAGGAAUAUGGAAGUUCAGAAAGAGCCACCGAAUUCUGGAGCAACCAUUUCAUCCUUAAAGAAGCAACUCAACCAGAACUGCUUUCACUGAAAUUGUGAUGGUUUGCUUUAAUGAAUAAUCUCAUUCAGUUUAGGAAUCAGUUUAGCUAACAGAUCAAUUUGUAUGAUGCUCUACACAUAUUACAAGUGAUUUUGGAGCCUCUAUGUAAUAUCACUCCACUUUAUAUCCUAGCAGUUGUUCUAUGCAUGAUCAUGAAAUGAUUCUUCUUGGACAACUCAUGGACAUCAAUAAUAUUCAGAGACAUUAGCAUUAACUUUGCGAACAUUGGCUGAGAACGAGUUGUGUCGUGACACUUUUCUGAGGGACAGGUCUUUCAGUUCAUCCCAAAGUUGUUUACUCGGGUUGAGGUCAGGCCACUCGAGUUCCUCCACACCAAACACUUCAGAACAUGCCUUCAUGGACCUUCAUGGACACAGGGCACCGUCGUGCUGGACCAGGAAAAGGCUUUCCCCAAAACUAUUACCACAAUCUUCGAUUACUAACGGAUAAUCAGCCUGCAUGUAAACGUGGCUACUGCCGCAUUUAAAGUCAAGUUCUUCAGUUCUCUGCAUGGCUAUGUACUUGAUUUUGUACACUUGUUAGCAAUAUGUGCCUCUUUAACACCUGAACUCGGGUGUCCACAUAUUUUUGGCCAACGUAGCUUAUGUCUAUCAGUUCACCCCAGGAGGUGUCACAUCCUAAAGUCAGAAAAAAAAAAGUCAUGUUUGACUUGAAAUCAGUGCUGGCAAAUGACAUCUACUAGAUUAAGUGCUUAUUAAUGUUUAUGUAGGUCUAUGUCGUGUCUAUGUAGUUGUCAUGAACACCCACUAUCAUUUAUUAAUUUUAUUGUACAAUAUUUUUUGUUUAAGUGCACUAAUGUAUCUCUGAGCAAGUUUGAGUGUGAAUGUGUUUCUUCUACAUACUGAAGCGUGAGAAUGACGAGCUGUGGUCGUAGGCCAACGUUAGAACUGAAGAGAUAUGAAGAACUGAUAGCUUUGAUGAACAUUGACGUAAUUUUGUGAAAAUGUAAGAAAAUCAUUCCAGCUAGAACAGUAUUGAAUAAAUGAAUAUGAAUAAUAUUUCUAUUAAGUAAUUCACACAAAUUCUGUAAUAAAUGAACUAAAAAGAUUGACGUCUGCAUCUUCCUUAUCGAUGAAUUGUCAUGUCAAUUAUGCCGUUCAUACAUCAAUCAUUCAAAUGUUGAGUCAGACAGGUAUGAUGUGAAACUCAUGUCUUUACAGUGGUGGUGACGGGAACCAGGGGUCGCCCUGACUACAACACAAAUAUAGCCACUUUAUUUACUAUCAAAACCACCAGAGAACCUACACGAGUCUGAGUGUUACAUGAAAUGUUGACGAUGGUAAAACUGUGAUAAAUGUGAUAAAA